UUCAUCCUCCAAUCGGCGGCCCACCGCUUUCUUACUCCGUUGGCCGGCCGAUCGCCGGAAUCUUUCUGAAACUUAGCCCCUACGCUAAAAUCAAAUCCAAUAUUUUCCCCAAAAAAACUCAAAACCCUUUACUUUUUUUUCAUGAUUAUGUAAAUUAAUAAUCCAAUUUUUUGCCUUCAGAUUUCACUAAUCCGUAUACCUAAUACUAAAAUUUUCCAUGGAUUUCGUGGAACUGGAGGCAAUUGAAGGUCUCCGGUGGUCAUGGAAUUCAUGGCCAGUAUCAAAAUCCGAAGCUUCAGGUCUGAUAAUCCCACUAUCUAUUAUGUGUACACCAUUGAUGCAUUUUAACGAGCUCCCUGUACUUCCUUAUGAUCCUCUUAUAUGCACCCAAUGCGGCGCCGUUUUAAACCCAUAUGCUCGUGUUGAUUACCAAUCGAGAAUUUGGGUUUGCCCGUUUUGUUACCGGAAAAACCCGUUUCCAAAAUCGUAUCUUGGAAUCAACGAAAACAAUAUACCUGCUGAGCUUUUCCCGACGUACAGUACUGUUGAGUAUCAUUUGGGGAAAAGGGGUUUAGCUCAAAAUCCGAAUUCGAGCUCUAAUUUUGGAAAUAUGUCACUGUCAUCGAAAAUGCCUUCGUUUUCGAGUACUCCCUCGAGCUUGGAUUGGGCGGGAUAUGGGAUUGGCCCAGCGUUUGUGUUUGUUGUGGAUGCUUGUACGUCGGAUGAGGAGCUUGGGGUGGUGAAAAAUGAGCUUCUUCAUGUGAUUGCUCAAUUGCCUGAAACUGCAUUAGUUGGGUUGGUGGUAUUUGAUUCAAUGGUUAGAGUUUACGAUCUUGGUUUUGGAGAGUGCUGUAGAGUUGUGAUGUUCCACGGUGAGCGUGAGCUUUCUUCUGAGCAGACCAAGCAACUCCUGGGUAUUCAUCGUAUGAAGUACCAAGCAGGAAUGGUACAUAUGGCUCCAAAACAGGGAUUCCUGAUACCACUAUCAGAAGGGGAGUUCAGCAUCACAUCAGCAAUUGAAGAUAUCCAUUCUUCACCGCAGGUUAUGCCAGGGCAUAGACCUUUACGGGCUACAGGAGUAGCAGUAUCAGUUGCUGUUGGACUACUAGAAGGAUGCUUGGUCUCUGCAGGUUCACGUAUCAUGGUCUUCACCUCAGGGCCAGCAACAAUCGGCCCAGGGAUGAUUGUAAACUCUGAUUUUGGCAAUACCAUUAGGAAUCAGCGAGACAUUGGUAAUGGUUAUGCACCAUACUACAAGAAGUCCAGUGAAUUCUACAAGCAUAUAUCUAGAAGAUUGUCUGAUUCGUCCAUUGCUCUUGAUCUCUUUGCUUGUUCAUUGGAUCAAGUUGGAGCAGCUGAGCUUAGAGCUCCAGUUGAAAGUUCAGGGGGGUUCAUGAUGUUAACAGAGUCAUUUGACUCGGACCAGUUCAGAAAGUGUUUGCGUCAUAUAUUUAGCCAUGAUGAGGUUGGUAAUUUGAAAAUGUGUCUUGAUGCAACUAUUGAGAUAGUAACGACAAAGGAUGUUAAAAUUUGUGGGGCUCUUGGUUCAUGUGUUUCUCUUCAGAAGAAGAAUGGUUCAGUCAGUGACAAAGAAAUUGGCGAGGGAGGUACCUAUAUGUGGAAAUUGGGGGCACUUACUGAUAAAAUGUGUGUUGCCUUCUUUUUCGAAGUAGGGGAUGAACAGAAAGCCCAACCUAGUUCUGCAUUUUUCAUACAGUUCAUAACAAACUAUAGAUAUGGAAGCAUGGGAAUUCGGAAGAGGGUGAUCACUGCUGCAAGAAGGUGGGUCGGGAACCACUCUCCGGAAAUUGCUGCUGGUUUUGAUCAGGAAGCAGCUGCUUCAGUGAUGGCUAGGCUUGCCAUUCAUAGAGCAGAGAGCAAUUUUUCUCUAGAUGUUGUCCGGUGGCUAGAUAAACGUUUGAUACGUUUUGCUUCAAAGUUUGGAGACUAUAUCCCAGAAGACCCCUCAUCAUUCCGUCUUGCGACUAAUUUAUCCCUUUUCCCACAGUUCAUUUACUAUCUAAGGAGAUCCCAGUUUAUUGAUGUCUUCAACUGCACCCCAGACGAAACUGCUUUUUUCCGUUUGUUGUUGAACCGUGAGGGGGUAGUUCGCUCACUUAUUAUGGUCCAGCCAACUCUUUUCCAGUAUUCAUUCGACGGUCCCCCUGUCCCUGUUCUUUUAGAUAUCUGCUCCGUCUCUCCGGAUGUUAUCUUGCUCUUUGACUCCUACUUCUAUGUGGUUAUUCAUUAUGGCUCUAAGAUCGCACAAUGGCGUAAACUUGGCUACGACAAGGAUCCUAGCCACGACAGUUUCCGCAAACUGUUAGAAGCUCCCGAGAUCGAUGCAGAGCAACUAGUGUCCGAAAGGAUUCCUGUGCCAAAGCUUGUAAAAUGUGACCAGCAUAGUAGUCAGGCUAGAUUUCUUCUUGCCAAGUUGAAUCCAUCUGUUACACACAACUCAACUUACACACAAGGCUCAGAUAUUAUAUUUACUGAAGAACUAAGCCUACAAGUUUUUAUUGAGCACUUGCAAGCCUUAGCAGUGCAGGGUUAAAUUUUGAGUGUUGUAUAAAGUAGUUAUAUAAAAGUGUUGUACAUUAGCAGCAAGGUAAAAAUGUCUGUUUGUUAAGUAGAUUUUUCUUUUUUUUGGUUGGGUGAAAUGAACAUUUCCUCAUUGCCUUGCAUAUGGGAAGUUCUAAUUUUUCCUUUUUGUUUGUGGAACAUUUGGCUUACACGAAAAUAGUGUACUACAAGUACAAUACAAAAUUUUGCAGUUCCACUUUAUUUUCAGAAGUACUUGAUA